AUGAGUUUGUACGGCUCCAACCCUAAACUGGCUCAAAUGGGCCCGAGAAGUAAUUCGCGGCCGGAUUUGGCAAGUCCGAGCUUCAGAAACGACGUGUUUGUCGGUGGAAACGGCUUUCAUGGAGACUACCAGGGAGGGGAAGGCGGAUACACCAGCUAUACCACCUUCUCCAGGUCCUCCAUGCACGGCGGGGGACAGAAGACGCAAAUGAGCAUGGUUGGAGGCGGAGGUGGUGGGAUAAGGUAAGAAAACCACCUGUUGCUUUUUGAAUGAGUCUUAACAGUGCUUCGAAUUUCCGAGAAAUGGACGUGUAGGUGGUGACGUAAAUACGUACACUGAAAACAAACUAUAAACUAAACAACAAAACAUUAACGUAGAGUACAAAUUUAACCAUUAGGGUGUUCAACGUAGCUUUUUAUCCCUUUGCAAAUGAGCUGAAAAGGUAAAUUCACUAUUGCAUGCCUUCAUUGUUAACCACAUUCAGAGGUGCAAUGUCGUCAAGCAAGUUGAGAUAAAGGCUCACCUGUUAGGUUUUAUUAAUGUAGGGCUACGCACACAAAAAUCAGACCAAAAUGGAUCCCUGUUUUUGACAUCUUUUUUAUGAAUUCUCCCCAUUUGUUUUCACCUAGUUGUAUCACUCCUGAUCUGUUGCCCAAUAAACUGAAUUACACGGAGAAAGUAUUUGCACACACACCCCUUAUUGUCCUCCCAGUACUAUCAUUCACCAUGAUGUCAGUGUCUAAUGUUUAGGGAGUGAUGUCUGUGUCAGUGUGCGAGCUUCCCAAACUGUUUCCUUUUAAAAUACCUUUCCUAAUGCUUGACUUAUGUUGAACAAAGUGACAGAAAAAUCAGGACAAAAGAGAGCGUCCAGGGCUGAGCAGCUUUUGUUGGUUAGCAGAGGUUUUGUUUUGGUGAACCUCAGGUGACCCAUUUCCCCAAACAACCCGGAGCCAGACUUUUAAAAAUAAUAAAUAAGCACUUUGGAAAGAUUCAACGCCUCUUUGGACGCAGCAUUUUAUUUCCACACAUUGUUUUUGUAGUGCUGAUUUGGCUUUUGAGGGACUGUUAUCUGCUUCAAUAUCAGUUUUAGUGAAAUUGAAUAACCUUUUAAAAGCAGUUCAACACAGUAACCUUUAAAGUAGACAACAGUAUCCUCUGCAUUUAUUAGCUUUUUCUAUUGAUGAUAUUAUAUACUAAAAAAAACUGCAGCCCAAUAAUAUGAUAAUGAAACAUGAUUUAAAGCUGUUCUUACUAAACUGUGUUUUGUUUCUCCUUUGUAGUGUACAGGCCAUUCAGCAGAAGGCAAUGUUCCUGACUAGCCAAUGUCAGGACUACAUGCAGCGAGCAAAGAUGCUUCUUCAUGGAGUAAGUUUGGCACAAAAAUGACACUAAACAUGACUGAUCUCGUGUUUCAAUAUUGUAUGUUUACACAUCAGUAUACAAAGAUGUUUUAAUCACCUAAUGAGACAGGAAACAACUUAAAGAAGCAGAUAUAGUCAACUGUAAAGCCAGGCAUGACUUGACUCAGUAUCUUGUCUGUUAUGAUUUUAUAGGGGGGUCCAGCCGCCGAGGCAGAGAAGCUGUUAAUCAUGGCUGCAGAAACCAUGGACCAGAUGAGAGUCUGCGGCAGAGAGCUGCAGCAGAUGCGUAUACCCAAUGAUGUCCUCAGAAAGUAAGACAAGAUGCACUGUGUGUUGUGGGUUUGUGUGCUGUCUGUACAUAGUUAAGGACACCUGCAUAUUGUUAAACAUGGGUACAUUUUCUAAACAUGCAUUUGUUUGAGUAACAUGAGUUUCAUUUCUAGUCGAACCAAAACUAUUUGAAGAGAAGAAUUUCAGUAUUGACAUCCCUUUGAAAAUACGUCUCCUUCAGCUAUUUUUGUCUAUCUCUUUGAAGUUGAGUGGUGAUGAAAAUCCGACUCAAAGGAUUCACCGAGUAUUCUCCUUUUUUGUACAACUCUACAGUCUGGACCAGUUCCAGCACAUGCAUGCUGCCAUCCAACAGCAGCUGGCCGGUAGUUUGACUGUGAGACGUAACAGGGGCAGCGUGGGCUCCCUGGAGGGGGGUCGGAUCUUCAAUGAUGCCAUGGCCUGGAUUGCCCAACAGAAGGUGAGCUUUUAAUACAAAAGAGACACAAAGUGAUCCCUUCUUCAUAUAUAAAUAAAUAUACAUAUUUUUAUUAAUCAAAGUAGUAAAUACCAGUUUUUUAUAACUCAUACUGUCUGAUGUAUUCCAUGACGUCAUGAUCCAUGCAAAGUCUGCCUGUGCUCAGAAGUUUUAACCUGUUGGAGCAGUGGGAAUACUUGCAUCUGCAUGUGUGUGCAUGCCCAUACAGUACAUUAAGGUGCACCGCCUUUGUGUGAAGGGGGUAGGCGAGGUGAGGGGGGGAAGCACUUACGCUAUCACAUAUUGUGACCUCCUGUAACUGAUACCAUCUGGACAGUCUGCCAAAACCUGAUCCAUGAGUGAAAAGAGGCCAAGAGAGGUGAGGAGGGAUGGAAACAAAGAAGGGGAAAGAGCUCGACCAUGUGAGAAAGAGAGAGAGAGAGAGAAAGACAUGGGGAGAGGGAGAGAGAUAAAAACCGGAGGAGCGGAAAGAAAAGUAGAAGUAAAGUAGUGUGAAAUCUGACACUUUCUCCUGACUCACUAGUUAUGGGACGGUGCUGUUCAGCAGAUGUCUGACAUGCUCAUGGGAAAACGCCCUUCAGCAGUCUACCUCACCAACCCUCCUACCCAACCAAAAACACACACCCUGACAUUCAGUCAACACUUAAAGCCUCGCCCUCCAUAUUCUGUCAUCUGUUUCCCCCUGACAUGCAAUACAGAAACAUUCCUCUGUACAGUUUUGUGCGUCUCUUUGUACUUAUAUUUUUUCUUUUAGCUUAAAAGAAAAAAAAACCUCAGAACGUAUUAUUUAAAAACCUGCCAUUACCUCCGCCUGUGUCUUUGUCCCUCUAACCACACUGUCAGCCAUUGUACCUCCAGUCCUACUUCACUGUUUGUAACUUUUUUGACAUUUCCUUCAUGGACAUGAGCUUCAGUUCAGACAGUCUACAAACAGCUUUGUUGUGCCUAGUGUCUGCCAAGUAACCAUGGAGGAAAGGGAGAGGCGAGAGAACAAAAGUCUCAAGAAAGAAGGAAAGAGAAAGAGAAAAAAAAUGGAAGUAAAGAGCAGGGAUUGGCUGAUGGCGACUUACUGGCAGAGAGCUUAUCAAAGCUGAGGGCUGCAGUCAAGGGGGGAAUAGUUGGGAUAGUUUUCUGCCUGAGAGUGAACUUAAUGAUUAUAUGCUGACACCUAGAGGACAAUUGAGGGAAGAGCACAGAGUUAAAGUCCUGAAUGUAGGUGAGGCGGGAAAUGUGUAUUUCUUUCGAUACUUAUUCUGUCCCAAAAAUCUACAUUUAAAUCAUCUUUAAGACACCAAAGAAUAGUGGGUGAGUUGUUUUUGCAACACAACAAACAUGGGCGGUGUAGUUUGAAUCAUAUUUGCACGUACACAGUCAUUGUUAAAAAGUGACAGUAUGUUAAUGAGCUGUUUUUAAAAUUUUAAGACUUAUGCAGAAAACAGUGGGAUAAAAUCUGAGUGCCAAAAAAUGCAAAGGUGUCAAACAACAUUGAGAGACGAAUCACAAACUGUGUAUUUUAGUCUCCCAUGCAGUUUGAUGAUGAUUAAAAAGACAUGUAAUGUAGUUUAUUGGGCUUUUCUGUGUAAUACAUGUGAUUCUGCAUUCCUGUAGCGCAUGAUUGAGACCUCUCCGUUUGGUGACGACUCUGAGGCCAUUGACAAGCAAAUCAUGAGCCACAACAAGCUCCACAGCUCCAUCCAGAGAAGCCCGGAGGUAGACAGAGCCAGAGAUGAAUUAGUAAGUAAUGCCUUUCUACUUGUUAUCUUUGUUGUUAUCCUUACUUUUGACUGUUAUAGCUUGUUAAUUUGUCUUUUGUAUUACAAAUAACAGGGGUUUUAAUCUAUAUACACUGUACAUCUCUUUUUGUAGCACUCAAGAGGUGACAAGUACAACCUCUCCAUCCUCGAGCAAGAAUGGGACAGCCUGCAGGUAGAAAAGAACCAGCUAGGUUAAAAUAAGCAAAUCUGUGCUCUGUCAUUAGAGUUAUUUCUACCUUACUCAUAAAUGUUCUUUGUGUCUGCAUCAGAAAAUGUCCAACAGCCGUGUACAGCAGUUGCGUGAGCUUCAGAGCAUCAUCGAGGAGAUCUCCCGAGCCAUCAUGUGGGUGAACGAGAAGGAGGAGGAAGAGCUUGUGUUUGACUGGGGAGAUAAAAACAUCGAUCAAUACAUCCCCAGGAAGCAAGAGAGCUACUCAGUAAGGAUCUAAUGUGGUACUUUUUGUAAUUUCACCAAAAUAAUCUACAGUAUAGAAAAGUCCCUGACUUUUUUCUCUUCAUAGGGUCUGAUGAGAGACCUGGAGGAGAAAGAAAAGGAGCUAAACAAGCUGAAGUUGAAAACAGACGGGCUCCUGAACAACAACCACCCCGCCUCAGAUAAGAUUGAAGUGAGACCUUUAGCUGUUUUUGGUAUUUAUGUAUGCAAAAAAACAAAUUAUUCAGUGGUUUUGUACUGAUGACUAAAUGUACCCACAGGCCUACAUGGACACCCUGCAGACCCAGUGGAGCUGGCUCCUCCAGAUCACCAAAUGUAUUCACGUGCACUUAAAAGAGAAUGCUGCCUACAGCCAAGUAAGUGCUCAGUCAUGCUCUGGCUCUUAUUCAAAUAAAACCACAGAGGUUUUCUUGUGAGCACUGAUCAAAGCCUUUUACCGUCUCCAGUUUUUCAAAGAUGCCAAGGAGACCUCUUUAAAGCUGCAGAAAGAGUAUGACACCAUCAGAAGCAAGUUUACCUGCGAUAAAAACACUCCUCUGGAAAACCUGGUUGAACUCCUAAAGAACCUGGAGGUAUGAUUUUUAUUCUAGGUUCAGGAUGUACAAGUUUCUGUUGAAGUGUGAAACACAAAUAUGCUCAAACAAUUUAUUCAGUUCAAUGAUAAGAGUGCAAACAAAGUGGCGAACUGGUUUUGUCAGUUCUUUUAAGUGGUUGAAUGUGAUACUUCUAUGAUGUGCUUUCAUACUACAGAAUUUGAAACUUUAAGAAUUCUAGUUUACAGUAAAACAGUUCAAAUACAGAAAUGUUUUUUUUAUGUACGCAGAGAGAGAAGGAGCAAAUCAUUGAGCAUAAGAGGCAAGUCCAGAGUCUGGUCAACAAAUCAAAGACCAUCGUCAGACUGAAACCUCGCAAUCCUGAGGAGAAGAUCAACGGCCCUGUGAUGGUCCAGGCCUUAUGUGACUUCAAACAAGACCAGGUGAGAUACAUCUACUCCUGACUCAUGCAAACACAAACAUAAACACUGCAUUUGAAGCAAAAGUAUAGGAACUAUUUCUAGUAUUAUUCAGUGUCUUUUAUAUUUUCCAUUUUGCACUUCAGAAAGGAAUAUUCAAAGGGAAUGAGGGUAUCCUGAAGGAUAACUCACAACGCAGUAAAUGGCUUGUGACAGGACCAGGAGGUCUGGAUAUGAUCAUUCCCUCCGUGUGUCUCCUGAUGCCCCCACCAAACCCGCUCAGCAUUGACCUUGCCACUAAGUAAGAAACACUUAAGACGAUACAAAAUAGAGAUUUUUACAUUAUAUUUACAGUGUGCUAGUAUAGUUCUGUGUUAGCACUCUAAGGUACUAAAUGGCUUGUGCUGCCUCCUAGGAAUGAGCAGUAUUACGAAGCCAUCAUGAGCGUCUGGAGCCAGCUCUACAUCAACAUCAAGAGUCUCAUCUCAUGGCAGUACUGUCUUAAAGACAUCAACUACAUCAACUCCCUCACACUCACCAUGGUAAGAACUGAUGAUGAAUUGAUUUAUGUUGUAAAUUAAAUUAAACUUCCUUCUUAUUUUGACUCACCGCUAACCCUUUGUAUCGUUUCCUUCCUGCAUUGCAGCUGUCCAAGAUGCGUCCGGAGGAGUACCGCAAUAUCAUCAAAAGACUGGAGACUCACUACCAAGAGUUCCAGCUUAACAGCCAAGGCUCGGAACUAUUUGGGGAAGAGGACAAGAGAACCAUCCAGGGUCACUUUGACAAAGCGCAAGGCCACUAUGAUACACUUAUAAUCCAGCUGCCUACCUACAGUGAGUUCAUCCUUCUUCCAGCAGCCUAUGUUAUAAAAAUGAUUUUUUUUUUAUUCACUGUAAAUAAUAUUAUUCAUAUUAUGCACAAACCAAUACAGCAGGUGAAGGGGUGAAGCCUGAACCCCCAAAACAAGAACCUGCAAAACCGUCAACCCCUACAAUCCCCAUUGAAACGGAGACUGCUGUCAAAGUGGGGGCCACAAAGCCUCCACCUCCACCCCCAUCCACCCUCAGCCUCAGCUUGCUCAGCAGUCUGCAAGAAAUUCGGCGCAAGCUGGAGCUGGCAGAGUCUGGUCUGACCAGUCAUCUUCAUGUUCACCUGGGUGAAAACAGCGUGCAGGAGUGCACCAUGUAUAUCCAGAACCUGCAGGCAAGUUAUUAUUGUUAUUUGACAAAUUGACACAAAAUAAGCAACCUUUGUAUCCCUAUCAUAUAUCUCUAAUAUAUAUCACUGUUAUGAAUAACAAAACUUUGAUGUCAUGUAUAAACUAUGAUAUGAUUAUUUUUAGGCUGUGCACCAAGACCUGGACUCCAUUCACGAUGAGUACCUGCGCCUCAGAGAAAGGAUUAUAAAGCAGCUGGAAGGCAUACCUGCAGACUCUGAACAAGCCAAGUUCCUCCGCACUGAACUUGAAAUCAUCAACCAAAAACUGGGGGGCCUGCAGGGUCUCUACUCAGCGUACAUUCAAAGGUAAUUCAAGUUAGCACACCACCUUUUGCUUCACCCAGCAAAGACUAGGUGAAUAAAGUAAAAAGGAAAUGGUAUAUUUAAUUGAAUGAUAUUAUGUCUUGAACAGACUGUCAGCUCUUAAGGGCUUGCUCGAAAGCCUUCUCCAGGCUGAGGACAUUAUAAAAGUUCAUGAGGCACGGCUUACUGAAAAGGAGACAUCCUCACUGGACCUACGAGAAGUGGAGAACUAUCGCAGCACUCUUAAGGUCUGACACAUCCUCUAUGAAUAUGUUUCAAUUUUGUUUAUUCACUUAACUUUCAAUCAUUUACAAAAAGCAGUUUAUAUAAAAAAGUUUCUUUUCAUUGUUUUUUUUCAUUUCUUCUGUCCUUACUGAGAAUUUACCAGAACAAUGUACUCACCUAUAUACAUAUGAAACAUAGGUAUAGGUAUUAUUUAACCAAAUACACAGUUGCAAACAGUCUGCAAAAGGAAACGUUUGAGUAACUUCUGCACUACCACAAAAAUCUGCAACAGCAAAAAAAAAAACAUAUGCAUCAACAGUGUUGCACUAUUAUAAUUUCACAUGCCAUGCAAUACAAAAACAUUCUUUUGUAAUAUGUUUAAGUGCAUAUUUCUCUCAAGUUGAAAUACACUUUUAGGGCAGGACUUUGACUUGUAGUGUAGUAACUUCGAAACUUUUUGCAGCCUAAUUACUUUGCUUAUGACUUCUAUGCAAGUUGAGUUAGAACUGAAAUCUGAUUUUUAAAAAAUUGAAAAAUUAUUCAUUUAUUUGUUUGUUUGUAUACAACCUUCCUGAAUAAUUUAAUAAUAAUAAUAAUAAUAAUAAUAAUAAUUUCUUUCUUUAAGUGUCAGAGCCGCAUUGUGUGUGUGGCCCCACAGCACACGUCUGUAACACCUUGAACACCUAGACUAGGUUGUGACAAUAUACAAUAUACGCCAAUGAGAUUUUGAUUACUAGUACAUUUAUCUUUGCCUUUAUUGAUGUCUGUUGUUAUUGGAAAUGUAACGUCAUCAUAAUUCUUGUUUUAGUUAUGAUUUUAACAUCUUGUAUAAUUCUCCUGCUUGGAUUUUUGUUAUUUUAAUCUAUACAAAUGUUUACUGUCUUCUUGCGAACCCCAGAAAGAGUAGCUGCUAUUUAGGUAGUAGCUAACGGGGAUCCAAAUAAAUUAAUACAAUAAAUGAAAUGAGAUUUUAAAUAAUAGUUAAAUCUGUUCUGUGACUCUCUAUUAAAGCAAAUGAAGAGCGAUCUGGAUUACAAGAGAGACCUGCUGACCGCCAUGGAGUCAGACCUAACCAAAGCCAAGCACUGGAACAGUCAAAUCUCAGAUACCUUCCACAAGUGUGAUGUGGACUUGUCCAAAUACUCUGAUCUGGUGGCUCAAAUGUCCGACCGUUGGCGUCGCAUUCAGACCCAGAUUGAUAGCAGGUAAGGUAGCUCAGCACGUAUGCACUUACAGUACCUUUGAAUGUUUUCCAUUUCCCCCUUUGCUCCAAUGCUGAUAAAAACUCAGAAAACAUCCUUUCAUCCCUUCCUCUGCCUCCCACUUUUUCCUCUUUCAGAGUGUGGGACUUGGAGAAGCAGGAGACGCAACUGAAACAUUAUCAGCAGAGCAGCACUUCCCUGGAGCAGUGGAUAGACAAUGCCAGGAAGCGUCAGGACGGCCUGCAGAUGGUCAAGCUCAAUGAUGUCCAGACUCUAAUGGAUCACCUCAACCACCAGAAGGCAUGUUUCCAAAAGGGUUUUCUAAUCAUGAGUGAACUCUCUUAUCUUUCAGUUCAAACCAUUCACACAUCACAUUUAUAAUAUUAGGCUCUGGUCACAUCUGAAGAUAAUAUGUGGUUUUAGUGAUCAGACAACAAGUAGACAGCCUUAAUUAUAGACAUAGAAGCACCCAGGAAGCAUGGAUGACAGGUCAUUCAGGUCUGACAUUGGGUGGACAAGGCUGUGAGUUAAUUUGCAUAUAAAACAAGAAUGUUAGAUACAGUAAUAGCUGGUCACUGGAGAUGCAUUUGGAUAUGUAUAAUCCGUGUUGUGAUUAGGUCAGCCAACUAUCUUAUUUCUAAUUCCAGAUAUAAAUUAUCACUUAAUUUCUCUUGUCAGGUAUCAUAGAUGUUUCUUGUCUGAUAACAAAACCAUUUCCUCUGAAUGUGUAGCAGAGACCUGACAGUUUGAGGUCACAUUAAACCAGAAACUUUCCUGUCCCUCUUUUGUUUACCGCACAGGCUCUUCACACAGAAAUCAAAGGCAAGAAGGAGAAAGUAGAGGAUGUGCAGAAAGACGCAGACACCUGUGCUGCCUCCAUAAAGGUGUGUAACCAAACAUGUGGACUGGAUUUUUUCUUUUUUGUACACACAUAUUACAUUCAGAGAUAUUUUCUAUUAUUGUGUGCAUGUAAAUUCGUAUUAAAAAAUAUGUCCAUAUUUUGUUUUGUGUACCCAGGACUAUGAGCUGCAGCUGGCUUCCUACAGUUCAGGCCUGGAAACUCUGCUUAACAUUCCUAUCAAGAGAACAAUGCUUCAGUCGCCGGCCUCUGUAGUCAGACAGGAGGUAUGUGUGUUGUCUAUCCAUCCAGUUAGAGAGCUAUUAAUAUUAGAUGAGUACUAGUUACACUGCAUGUGUUUUCUGUUUCAUUAAACUCAGUUAAACAAUGGUACUCUGGUUAAAUCAUUAACUUAAAUUUUAAUCCCUUUAUUUGAUUUGAAAUUCACACAGUUGUCUCAUUAAAACAUUCAAGUUGUACACCAAAAUUAAUCCGCUAAGUUUGUUUCCAUCAGGCGGCUGACCUCCAGUCCAAUUACAUUGAGCUGCUUACCCGCUCCAGUGACUACUACAAAUUUCUUGGGGAGCUGCUGAAGAACAUGGAGGAGCUAAAGGUAGGUGGAAAAUGUAUACGAUACCUUAAAAGACAUUAUUUCUGUGUGUAUAAAACUUGUGUAGGUUGAACAAAUAAGACGAUGAAAAUAAGAUCUCUCUUUUUUUUUCAUCAUUGCUCUCUUUAGAUCAGGAACACAAAGAUUGAAAUGUUGGAGGAGGAGCUGAGACGUCUGAGGGAAGAGAUCCAAGAUCGUAACCAAAAAAAUAAAACACUAGAGGAUGCCUUGGCCCGCCUAAAUCUAGAACUUGGUCAAUCAAAAGACCAACUCAUUUCUAUGGAGGAAAUAAAGAGAACCACAGCGAUCCAAGUUAGUGCAACCAAGGAGAGCCUGGACAGCACAAACAAUCAGCUUCAAGAUCUCAAUGACCAACUGACACGCAUCAAAUACCAGCUGGAUGAGGAGAAGAGAAAAAGGAGGUUGGCAGAGGAACGCUACUCAAGUCAGCAAGAAGAGUAUGAGGGAGCAGUGCGUCGUAGACAGAAAGAACUAGAGGAGCUCAACUGGCUCAAGAUUGAUUUAGAAAAGACUGUGAAGGACAAGGAACGUGAACUGGAGAGGAUGAAGAUACUGAUGGAGGAGGAAGCAGCACGUCGACGAAACGCUGAAUCAGAUAUCUCAAAGGUAAGAGCACAGACCACCCAGGAGAUUAAUCAGCUUAAGCAAAAAUACGAGUCAGAGAUCCACAUCACCAAGACCACCAUUCUGAAAACCUCACAAAAGAAGGAAGAAGACGCAGCAGAGCUCAGGCUGCAAAUUGACAGACUAGCUGCUGAUAAGAGGGAUCUAGAGCAGGAGCUGUUGAGAAUGAGGCAGUCCAUUAUUCACACCGAGGAGCAGAAGAGCAGAGCAGAGCAGGAGGCCAACCAGCAGAGGGCCUCAGUGACACAAGAGACAAGGAUCCGCAGCGAGUUGGAGGUUCAGCUGAGAACACUCCAGAAUCAGAGAGAAGAUGAUGAGCUCAAACUAAAGGAAGCCACCAAAGGCAAUCAGGAAAAGUCAAGGCAGAUCAGUGUGCUGCAGUUUAACCUGGAAGAGGAGGGAAAGAAGAGGAGAGCCCUGGAAUUAGAAAUCAAUCGUCUGAAGCACGCUGAGGCAGAGCUGAAGACAAAGAACACAUCAUAUCUGGAGGAAAUCAACACGCUAAGAGUUUCUGAGAAGGAGGUACGUGUCACUAGAGUAGAGCUAGAGAAGCAGACCAGUGAGAGGAACAAGGCUGAGCAGAGCUCUACCAGGCUACAGAGCCGCAUCCGAGAACUUCAGGGAUCCUUGGAUGGGCUUGAAGCUGAGGUGGAGAGGCAGAAGAAAGCAACUCAGGAGGAGUUCACACGUAGAAAAAGAGUGGAAGCAGAGCUGGAGAGGGUGACACAAACUUGCAGAGAGCACACCACCACAAUUAGCACCCUGAAAUCUAUUCAGAUAGAGGCGUCCAACUCUGGGAGAAAGUAUGAGCAGGACCUCAGUGCCCUCCAGGCUGCUCUGGACAAGAGUCUUAGGGAUCACAAAAUCACCAAGGAUGAACUGGCAGCUGUCACAGCCGAGCUAAGGGCACUCAAACAAAAACUCCUGCAGGAAGAAGCUCGAAUUCAUGAACUCAACCAGCGUAAUGAGAGCCUGUAUAAGACCAUUGAGGAGAAGAGCCGGCAGCUGAAUGAGUACACCACAGAGAUAGAGAAGCUGAAGACUCUGACGCAGGACCUGACAAAGGAGAGGUUGAGGUUGGAGGAGGAGCUGAGGGCGGCCAGACAGGAGAGAGAUGUACUGAAGCGCAGCAAAGAUGCUACUGAUGGAGAAAGUGCUGCUCAGAUCUCUGCCUUGCACGUCCAGCUUCAGAGUAGCACCAAGAGGACAACAGAGCUCCAGACUCUCAUCAAUGACCUGACCAGGGAGCGAGAAAAGCUUAAAAUGGAAAUUGACAAAAUCCAAAAGCAAUCUAUUGAGGUACUUUUGGUUGAGUUGAAGGAUCAGCUGCGCUUAAUUCAUCUGUUUUUUUUUUUUUUUGCUUUUGCAUGAAUGUUUGAAGAUGCACAAAGACUCAACUUGAUUUCGUUGUCACCCUGUUACUUCAGCGACGAUUGACUUGUUGAAAGAUUCUGCUUAAAAUUCACUAACUCGCAAAUGCUUUCACUGAGAUGUGCAUGAGGUUUUCUGUUGUAGCUUACAAGUUAUAUGAUUGAACUCACAUUAUAAUGACUAAUCACUGCACACUAAUUGAUGUAACUAAUGGAAUGUAUACAUGUCUCGUCAUGUUUACAUUAUUAAUUUGCUCAAAUAGCAAUGGCAACUGAUUAGUUUCAAUUGGCAUCUGACAUCUUAAGUCACAUUAAUACAAACUAAAAACUUCACAGAUCACAACUUUGUAAGCUAAGCUAAGCCAGCCAUGCUCCUCAGAAUAAAUGCCAUUAACUUUUUGCUUUACAUACCUUGUUUUAGCAACUCUUCACAGGUUAAGUGAUGAUUUCUUUUUAUCUCUCCUCAGACUUCCAUGAUGGUGCAUACAUCCCAAAGCCAGUACAAUGAGCUGCAACUGGAGAGAGACAGUUUGCUAUCCAAGCUUAAACUCCUGGAGCAGGACAAGACCCGUAUGCAACGCCUCGAAGAGGAGCUCAACCGCAUCAAGCUCUCACUGGAGUCUGAGCUUCGCAACAAACAGCGACUACAGGAUGAAAAGAAUACCAUCCUCAAGGAUUUCAACUACAUGAAGAGCCAGUUUGAGCUCAGGGAUGGCCAGGUUAGGCAGUCUGAGUCAGACAGAGACAAGCUUGAUAGAGAAAGGCUCUCCUUGAAGAAUGAGAUUGAGAGGCUCAUGAGAGAGCUAAAGAGUGUUGAGGAGAGGUACAAGAGUCGUCUGUUCAACUCUGAAAAAGAGGCAAAAGAGCUGGCUCUCAAGAGGGAUGCCCUUGAGAGAGAAAUUUUGAGGUUAAAGCAGAAACCUAGCUCUACUAGCAGGCUCACCCAGACAGAUGAGAUGGUCCACACAGUUGAUCCAUCCAAGCUGAUAUUUGAUGGAGUGCGCCGCAAAGUCACAGCCCACCAACUCUGCGACUGUGGCAUAAUAAGUAAAACCACUCUAGACCAGCUCUUGAAAGGGAAAAGGACAGUAGAUGAGGUGGCUGUUGAUAUUCAACUUAAUCUGAAAGGUACAGGUGUCAUUGCUGGCAUGACAACAGGCUCUCAAGGAAAAAUGCCUUUCACUGAAGCCAAAAACAAGGAGCUCCUCAGUCCAGAGAGCGCCCUCAUGCUCUUGGAGGCUCAAGCAGCAACAGGUUACAUCAUAGACCCUGCAUUUAAUGAGAAGAUGCCUGUGGAUACCGCCUGUUCAAGAGGAAUCGUGGACACAGAGGACAGAGACAUCUUGGUGAAAGCUGAAGCAGCUAGCACAGGCUUCAAAGACCCAUACACAGGCAAAGUGCUAUCUGUAGGUCAGGCUUGCAAACAGGGCCACAUAGACAAAGACACAACUGUGCGCUUGCUCCAGGCUCAAGAAUCUGUUGGAGGCAUUAUUGACCCUGUUUUGAGUGUGUACCUUCCAAAAGAUCUGGCCUUGGAUCGCAAUCUCAUUGAUGAGGAUCUUUACAGAGCUCUGAACAAGAAACCAACCUGUUACCUUGAUCCUGCAACAAAGAAGAAGACAAGCUAUAAUGACCUGAGGAAGAAGUGUACAGUGGAACCUGUUUCUGGUUUGCUUCUGCUCCGUGGUCCAGAAAAACCCAUGACAGUGAAGGGUCUUCGUGGUGAAGUCACUAUCCCAGAGCUUGUUGAGUCCGAGCUGCUGGAUGAAACUGAUUUGGCAAAGCUCAAGGAGGGCAAACUCUCCAGCAGAGAUAUUGAAAACAAGCUUAAGUCUUACCUCUAUGGCUCUACUUGCAUCGCAGGGCUCUAUGAUGAGGCCAAUGACCGGAUAAUGCCUUUCUAUCAGGCAAUGAAGGAAGGUCUGCUCAUGAGAGGAACCACCCUGGAGCUUCUUGAGGCCCAAGCUGCCUCUGGUUUCAUUGUUGAUCCAGUCAACAAUGUCUUCUUGACAGUAGAGGAGGCCACAAAGAGGGGGGUGAUUGGAAAAGAGUUUAAGAAGAAGCUGUUGUCUGCAGAAAAGGCAGUAACUGGAUACAGAGACCCAGCCACAGGAAAGACAAUCUCACUCUUCCAGGCUAUUGAGAAGGAACUUAUAGAGAAAGGUCAUGGAAUCCGUCUCCUUGAGGCCCAAAUUGCCAGCGGUGGGAUUAUUGACCCCAAAGAGAGCCAUCGUAUUGAUGUCGCAGUUGCCUAUAAAAGGGGAUACUUUGAUGAGGAGAUGAAUGAGAUCUUGACCUAUGAAGGUGAUGACACUAAGGGGUUCUUUGACCCUAACACUAAGGAAAACCUGACUUAUCUCCAGCUGAAGGACAGGUGCAUCACAGAUGAGAAAACAGAACUAAUUCUACUGCCAAUCAGAGACAAGAACAAACCCCAGAAAUCACAAGAGAGCCGUUCCAAUGUUCUUCGCAAGAGGCGAGUAGUGAUUGUUGAUCCGGACACUGGGCUAGAGAUGUCAGUGAGAGAAGCCUAUCAUCGAGAGCUCAUCGACUAUGACACUUUCCUGGACUUGUCAGAGCAGGAGUGUGAGUGGGAGGAAAUAACCAUCCAGGGGUCUGACGGUUCUACACGUUUGGUGAUAGUGGACAGGAAAACAGGAACCCAAUACGACAUCCAGGACUGCUUGGACCACGGUGUCAUUGACCAGCAGAUGUUGGACAAGUAUCGUGCUGGAACACUUACCUUGACCCAGUUCGCUGAUGAAAUAACAAGCAAAACUAGUGCCACUGGGAUGUCCAUUGCAGCCAGUACUGUAGAUGACGUGGUCACCUGCAGCAGCCCCACCCAAAUGGCACCAUCUUCCCCCACUGUCCGCAAACGCUUUGACAGUAUUUCUAUCACUGUAUCUCCCCCUGAGAUGUUUGAUGACCACAGUCCUGUGGCAGCUAUAUUUGACACAGAGACCUUGGAGAAAAUAACUAUCCCUGAAGCACUCCGGAGAGGUAUAGUUGACACUCUAACAGCUCAGAGGCUCCUGGAGGCCCAGACAUGCACAGGUGGUAUUAUCAAUCCUGCUACUGGUGAGAGACUGUCGCUACAGGAUGCGGUGCAUCAGUGCAUCAUUGAUGAAAGUAUGGCCACUAAACUCAAACCUGCACAGAAAGCCUAUGCUGGAUUUGAAGACGUGAAGACCAAAAGAAGGAUGUCAGCAGCGGAGGCAGUGAAGGAGACAUGGCUACCCUAUGAAGCUGGCCAGAGAUUUUUGGAGUUUCAGUACCUGACAGGAGGCCUGAUAGAGCCAGGCACAGGACGUCGCAUCACCAUCGAAGAGGCCAUCAGGAAAGGUUGGUUGGAUGGGAAAGGUGCCCAAAAGCUUCAAGACACAAGGACUUACCAGAAGAAUCUGACAUGCCCAAAAACCAAACUGAAGAUCUCCUACAAGGAAGCCAUGGAUAGCUGCAUGGUAGAGGAAAGUAAUGGGAUGAAGAUGCUGCAAGCCUCCUCCAUUUCAUCCAAAGGGAUCAGCAGCCCUUACAACGUCUCCAACCCAGGGUCCCGCUCUGGGUCCAGGGCCGGUUCACGAACAGGCUCCAGGAGUGGAUCUCGUAGAGGCAGUGUUGAUUACACCUCUUCUUACAGCCUAACCUUCACCUCCAGCAGUACUACUCAUACCAACAACAUACAAUUUUAG